UUUCAAAAAUCAAUCUGCUGCGGGGCCGCGUCCGGAUGUGAGAGGUUUGUGAGAGUCCGCUAUAGGAUCUUUGGUUUGAGUGCAGUGGCCAGCGGACUAGACCAGUCCGGACAUUCGGGCUCAAGAGCUGACACCCUCACCGCCCUGUGCUCCCCUUCACCCCGAGCACUGACUUCCCCUACAGUCUGAACAUUGAGCCCCUGCUUUAAAGCGUUUCUCCGUCGUUCCCUGAAGCUUGCCAGAGGCAAUUCAGGUUGUCCAAGCAAUGCCUCUAGUUUCAAAGACAAAGAGCCUUCAACAUGAAAAAUUUGGAAAGGAGCCAUCUAUAAUAGAAAAGGAUGGUGAUCUUCAAAUCAAAAGGUCUCCCUCAUCACCCCAAGGUGGUCCUAAAAAAAGAUCUGCUUUUGAAGACCUCACAAAUGCUAAGCAAAGCCAAGCACAAAUCCUGAUUACAAAGAGAAAAGGUGGGAAGGUUGUGAGUAAGAAAACUCAAAAGGGUUGCAGUGAACAAGAAGCACUGCAAAACAUUGAGAAUCAAAGAAGCACAGGGUCCAAAGCUUCUCAGGAGCAUCUUGACAACGCAAAAGAGAAAUCGCCCAAGACACCAGAAGUACCUGAGGAAAAAUCAGAUACUGUUGCUAAAUCAGAAGUACAGCCUACUCCCUAUGAAGACGUUGAUGAGGAGAACCUGAAUGAUCCAUUCCUAAAUUCAAUCUAUGCAAAAGAUAUAUUUGAUUACAUGAAAGAGCGGGAGAUGAAAUUUGUGCUGAAAGGCUACAUGGAAAAGCAGCUUGACCUGAAUAUUGAGAUGAGAGCCAUUUUGGUGGACUGGAUGGUUGAAGUACAGGAAAAUUUUGAGUUGAAUCAUGAGACUCUGUACCUGGCAGUGAAGCUGGUGGAUCAUUUUAUGUCCAAGGCUGUGUGUAUGAGGGAAACAUUGCAGCUGCUUGGUUCUACAGCAAUCCUUAUUGCUGCGAAGUUCGACGAGCGGUGCCCUCCCUGCAUGGAUGACUUCCUAUACAUUUGUGAUGAUGCAUACCAAAGAGAAGAGCUGCUUGCAAUGGAAGUGAACAUUCUCCGAACUCUAAAGUUUGACAUCAAUGUUCCGGUGGCCUAUCGAUUCUUGAGGAGAUAUGCAAAGUGUGCCAGAGCCAACCUUGAGACACUGACUCUUGCCCGCUACAUCUGUGAGUUAACUCUGCAGGAAUACGAGUUUAUUUGGGAAAGUGCUUCCAAACUGGCCUCAUCCUGCCUUCUAUUGGCCCUCAAGAUGAAAGAUCUUGGAGGAUGGACUCCAACAUUACAACAUUACACCGGAUACCAGUUCGCUGAUCUGCACUCGCUGAUGAGGAGACUGAACCUUUUACUUUACAGUAAGCCCAAUGAAAAGCUGAAGGCUGUGCGGUACAAGUAUGCUCACAAGGUAUUCUUUGAAGUGGCAAAAAUUCCACCCUUGGAUGUUCUGAAGCUUGAAGAACAACUGAAAUUGAACACCAUCUAAAUCAGAGAUCCUGGCUAUUGGGGGAAAUGGUGUUGUAUUUCAUUGCACUUGUGUGGGUGGAUUGCUGUGUAUGUAGGUGUAAAUACUUGCAGCAUUUGCUUAAUAUUUCUUCACGAUGAUAUCUCUGCUAAGCAGAAAUAAUUGUAGAUAAUUAUUCUUAUGGUAACUCAAAUACAGCAAACAUUGAAAUACAGUAUCUGAAUUCUUAAAUUAAGAGUAGAAUCACCCAUUGUAAAUUGUAGUAGGGUGGGGGGGAAGCUGGGGUUGUAAACAUUUUAUAAUCUUAAAUGUGAAAUAUACCAUAAAAAGCAACUGUAUUUUUACCACAAGAUCGGAAGCAAUAAUUAAUGACCACAAAUUGAUUCCCUUAAUCUUGUAUAACUAAAUAUUUUUGGAGGUAAAAUAAUUAUUCCUAAACUUGCAGACUAAGAGCAUAUUGUUAUUGAAAAAAAAUAUUGUUUUGUCAAAAUAGGAUACUGGGGAACUUUGCUUAUUUUAAUAGUCUUUCCCAGAAAUCUGUACUUAAAAAGUAUAUAACAUUAUGUAGGAAAACUGCAUUGAAAGAAAAAAUCCAUUCUCGUAGGCAAACCUGAUUCUUUUUGUUAUGGUUCCUCCAUUGAUUCUUGUUUAUUUGGUAAAAAUCCCAACUUGCAAAAGCAGCUGAAUUUUGUUUUCUCAAUUGGCAACAAAGUGCUGAAGAUUGGGGCAAACUAAUAUGAACCCAUUUUAAUAGCUUCAGAUUUUACCCAAUCCUCCCCUUUGUUGUUAUCUCUGCUGUUGUGAAAGUGACUUACCACUGAUUUAAUACAUCUCAGUUGUACCACUAUCCUGUCGAACAGAUCCAGGAGCUUGUGUAUUUUGCCAAUUGCAUAUGCCUUUUUAUUUAAGAUACACCUGAUAUAUGCUAAAUGUCAUGACUUUUGUUAAGAGGGGAAA